AUUAUGUCACCCGUAGACAGAAAUAAGGAAAGUGGAUUGCAAAUGCCGAACCUAUGCAAAUUUUGUGACAUUAAAGUAACAACCUGCUCAAACCAACAUCAGUGCAAGAGCAACUGCAACAUCACUGCUAUCUGUGAGAAGAAUAGUGAAGUCUGUGUUGCUAUAUGGAGACAGAAUGAUGAAAAUGUGACAUUAGAAACAAUAUGCCAUGAUCCGCAGAGAACACUCUAUGGUCACAUGUUGGAUGACUCCAGCUCAGAGCAGUGUUUGAUGAGGGAAAAGAAGGAAGAUGGGGGAUUGAUGUUCAUGUGUUCCUGUACAGGUGAAGAAUGCAAUGAUAUGCUCAUUUUCCCAACAGAUGACCCUCAUAAACCAGAGGAGAAAGACGAAAUUUGCAAAGUCACAAUCAUAAGUCUUGUCCCAUUACUGGUGAUUUCUGUUGCUGUGAUUGUUAUCUUUUAUGCCUACCGCACUCAUAAGAAGAGGAAGCUCAACAAGGCAUGGGAGAAGAAUGUUAAGCCUAGGAAACAUAAGGAUUGCAGUGAUGUUUGUGCCAUUAUGUUAGAUGAUGACCGCUCAGACAUCAGCUCUACCUGUGCCAACAACAUCAACCACAACACAGAACUGCUGCCCAUUGAGUUGGACAUUGUUGUGGGCAAAGGAAGGUUUGCUGAAGUGUAUAAAGCCAAACUGAAGCAAAACACAUCAGAGCAGUAUGAAACUGUGGCAGUCAAGAUUUUCCCCUAUGAAGAAUAUGCCUCCUGGAAAACUGAGAAAGACAUUUUUUCAGAUGUAAACCUCAAGCAUGAGAAUAUCCUCCAAUUCUUGACAGCAGAGGAGCGUAAGACAGAUCUUGGUAAACAGUAUUGGUUGAUCACUGCCUUCCAUGCUAGAGGAAACUUGCAGGAGUAUCUCACACGGCACAUUAUCAGCUGGGAGGACCUCUGGAAACUGGGUGGGUCCUUGGCCCGAGGGAUUGCCCAUCUGCAUAGUGAUCACACCCCCUGUGGUCGCCCCAAAACACCUAUUGUGCACAGAGACCUAAAGAGUUCCAACAUCCUGGUGAAAAAUGAUUUAACCUGCUGUCUCUGUGACUUUGGGUUAUCCCUGAGGCUGGAUCCUUCCCUGUCUGUGGAUGACUUGGCUAACAGUGGACAGGUUGGCACAGCAAGGUAUAUGGCCCCUGAGGUUCUGGAGUCCAGGAUGAACCUGGAGAACGUGGAGUCCUUCAAACAAACAGAUGUGUACUCCAUGGCUUUGGUCCUCUGGGAAAUGACAUCUCGUUGCAAUGGCGUCGGAGAAGUGAAAGAGUACGAGCCCCCGUUCGGCUCUAAAGUGCGAGAACACCCCUGCGUGGAAAGCAUGAAGGACAAUGUCCUAAGAGACAGAGGGCGACCCGAGAUCCCCAGCUCCUGGCUUAACCAUCAGGGCAUCCAGAUGGUGUGUGAAACUCUGAUUGAGUGCUGGGACCACGACCCCGAGGCCCGGCUCACAGCGCAGUGCGUUGCCGAGCGCUUCAGCGAGCUCAAGCACCAUGACAAGCUCUCGGGAAGGAGCUGCUCGGAGGAGAAGAUCCCUGAAGACGGCUCCGUGACCACCGCCAAGUAGCGUGCAUCCGAGAGCUCCAAAACGGAGGGAAGUCACUCCUAGACACGUUCACCUUGGCAAAGGAAGAAGUCUCUAUCGGUGCCUUGACUUGCUUCCUGAAGGACUGAGGCUGUCCCUACUCCCUUUAGGCUCCGGCUCCAGACAGGGAGAUGUAUUCGUGGGAAUUAAAAGUCAGGGAGUAGGUGUCAUACCCUAGCAUUGGCUGCGGGCAUCAUGUCAUGGGAGGAGCUAUGUAUGUUAGCACUUCCUCAGGAAAUGAGAUUUGAAAAUAGCCAAUAACAUUAUGCACUUUAUUAAUGCCUGUAUAUAACUAUGAAAUUGCUAUUUUUAUAUAUAUAUACAUAUAUAUAUAUAUAUAUAUAAAAAAUGUGUGUAUAUGUAUAUAUAUAUCUAUAUAUCUAUAAACAGCCAUGCUCUGAAAAAAAGAGGUUAAAAAAAAAAAGUGUUUCCAGGAAAUUACCGGUGCAUUAAAGAUCCCUCCUCCUUAGGGAAGGAGCCUGGGGAGACUGGCAUAGCACAACACCAGCAAUUGUGCACUUAGUGCUCUGCCAAAAAGGUAAGAAUAAUAUGCAAUAAGAAGAUGGCUUUCAAAGCAUGUGCUGUAACCACCUGGCUGUGGCCCUGCAGUUCGCGGUUGCAGGAGCAGUCUCACAGCAGACAGGCCAGGUUGGCUUUGCAGUUGUACCUACGUGGUCCUGUCUGCAGCACAUUUUGGAAAGUUCAGGGAUGCCUUUGCUCUCUCACUUUAACCCCAACGUCCUCACAUUGUCUGAGAACAGGAAUGUGAGGAGGUUUGGUCCCUCCCACAUGUGUGUUCUGAUACAGAGGUCAUUAAUGUUAUAUGUUUAUUUCUCAGAAUUCAUGCUGCUUGCAAGCAGGUUGAAAAAUAUCAGCAGGAUGAGUUUUUACCCUCCUCCCAUCCCCACCCCCAAACCAUACAAAACAAGAUGGGGCCAGCAAUAAUCCAAGCAGAUGUUUUAUAUUUGCUGUGCAUUCUGAGUGCAGGCAGUACUUUUCUUUUUUUCCUGCCUUUUACCUUGAUUGUGUUGCUGUAAGAACAAACAUUUUUUUUCCCCUGUACAGCAUGUCUAAUUGCUUGACACACCACAGUCUGACUCUGUUCCAUGCUUUCUAGAGAAAAGUAAGAGAUAACAGCUGGUGCCUUUAUUUUUGCAAAAGGACCAUGGAGGUGAUGGAAGUAUUAGGUAGCAUUAGGUUAAUGGCAUAUCCUGCCCUCAGCACUGCUUGCAUAUAGGGCUGCCCUCAGCAAGUCAGCAAUUAACAGAAAAAAAAAAAAAAAAAACCAAACCAAAACCCAAGAAAGACAAUUUAUUCUGAAAGGACCCUUUAGACAUUGCUUACAUUCUUUCAGUUCUCCAAACUGUUUAAGACAGUUGACAUCACAUUGGGCCUAUAUAAAUGACAGCAAUGCAUUUAAUAAGUGCUAACAAUUUUGUCUUUGGGAGUUUUGUGGUUAUUUUUCCACUUUUUUCUUCCCCAUGGCAUGUAAGCAGGCUUUGGAAAUUAGAAAUUCAGUCAGCACAAACCAGUCCUAUACAGAUGUAUCUGGUGCAAUUUAUUAAACACCUUUGACAGAUAAACAUCGAUAUUUCUCUAGAAGACGUAUAAGUCAAUAGGAAUCAUGCUUAUUCAAAUAAGAGUUAAGAUUUAUGAUGACAAAUAUUUUAUUUGAAAUGGGUUUGUAUCUGCUUUUUUUUUUUUUUUUUCAUUUUAACUAAACUACUCAAAAAUAUUUAAACAGAGCGGGGCAAAACCUCAACAGCUACAGUGGAAUUCAGAGGAUAUUAUGUCAAAUUUUAUAAGGGGGUGAGGGGUGUUUUUUGUAAGAAAAGGAAAGAGGGUGUGGGACCGCUGCCCUCUAGCGACGUGCCUGCCGCUGCCCGAAGCAGGAGGUGGGGAGAGGGAAUGUUGAGGCCCGUUUCUCUUCCUCUAUCCAUGCUGAAGGUCAAGGAAUAGUGCCCGGUAGUUCCUGACAAUACUGACAUUUUUAUGGUGGGGUUUGGUUGGGUUUUUUUUUACUACUACAUGUAAAGGAAAAUUUUUAUUCUUUUAAGGAAUAUUUCACCGUACAUCGUGUAUGAAAUAGGAAUGUGAACGAUAUAUACUCUUGUAUAUCAAAUGUUUCAAGCACUUAACUUGCUUUGUAAACAGUUUGGGGGUUUUUUGGUCUGUCUUAUUUUGUAUAAAUCAAAUGUUUAUUGGAGUAAAUAAAAUAACACUGACUGAA